AUGAAUAAAAAUAACACCAUACAGUUUUUGGAAUGCUAUGAAAUGCAUCCAUGCUUAUGGAACCCAAGAGAACAAGAUUACAGGAACAAUAAUGUACGUUUAGCGGCUCUUAAAUCUAUUAUUCAAGAAAUGCGUUUGUCCAUAACAGUUGAAGAGCUUAAAUUGAAGAUAAAAAAUAUACGAACCACGUAUAAUAGAGAGGCCAGUAAGGUAGCAAAGUCAAAGAAGAGUGGCGCGGGAAAGGAUGAUGUAUACAGACCUCAAUUAAUUUGGUUAUCUGUAGCUGACCGCUUUUUAAAGCAGUGA